AUGAAUUCUACUCAAAAUUCUGAUACCCCUGAUAAUAAUCAUGCUGAAAAUAAACAUUUAAUAUUUAAUUCCAUUAAGAAAAAAAUGACGGGGUUUGUGUUUAAAGAAGAUAAAGCUAAUAAUAUAACACACUGCACAUUCUGUCAACGAGAAUUUGUAGAAGAUGAAGCCAUUGUAAAGAAUACAUGUGGACAUUACUAUCAUUAUGAAUGUUUUGAAGGAAAGAAAAAUUGUCCGUCAUGUCAUAGCCCCCUCAAACUUAUUACAAAUAAAGAUGCUUCUGCUCUAAACGAGAAACUAAAACUUUUUGAUCUUGGCCUUGAAGAUAAAUUGUGUUUCUAAGAAGAUUCAGUGUUCUAAAGAAGAAUUUUUUUAUUUAUAUAUUUUUUAAUUACUUUCCAUACUAUUUGACUGAAUUUCGCCUUAAAAUUAAAAUCCUUUGAGGAAUA